AUGAACAAUGUGGCUAAUUGUGCUAAUGCAAGAUGCCUCUUAGAACACGUGCUAGAGCAGGUGAGAUCGAAAGUUGGGGUGGCUGUGGCUGAGAAGCGCCGGUUGAGGAUGAGGGAUUUCAUUGCAGUUCUUGUGGCUGCAAACCUUCUAAACCUAGCUCCUAGGGAGAGUGCGAAUAGUCUUGCAAUGUCAGCGAUGAGGGAGUUCAGCCGUAGAAAUCCACCUACAUUUGAUGGGUUGAGCAGUGACCCUCUUAUCACAGAGGAUGACUUGCGAGUCAAUAUCGUAGCCGUUCAGCUUACUAGGGAAGCAAAUGAGUGGUGGGAGUCGGUAUUGGAAUCAAGGAAUGACGUAAGGAGAGCAGAAAGGACCGUGGCUCAAGCAAAUGAGCCAAAUGUAGAGAACAUAACUUGGGCCGAAUUUGAGGUGCUCUUCGAGGAACAAUAUUUUCCUGAAACAAGUCGUGACCAAUUGAGCGAUGAGUUUGAAAGGCUAGAGCAAAGGGAUAUGACCGUAUCGGAGUAUGUCUUAAAGUUUCAAUCCUUGUCCCGUUUCGCACCAGAGUUAGUUGCUAUUGAAGAAAGAAAGUGUAGAUGGUUUGAAAGGGGCUUGCACGAUACCGUGAAGAAGUAUGUUGUGGCGCAACACAAAGGGAAGUUUUCUAAAGUUAUUGAGUGUGCGAGGAGCAUCUAG